AUGCAAAAUAUCGUAGAACUCAGGUCCCCUGUAGAACAGGGAGGUGGUGAUCGCGCGCAAGGACAGGCUCGGGAGGUACCGUGCCAUUUCGUCCCCCUCACCGAGGACGACCUGAUAGUUUCUUAUAGUUUAUCUUAUAGACAUGACCCUGAUGUAAUAUUUGAAACGAUAUAUAAAGGAAAGAAUUUAAUAAUUAACAAGUAUAAUGAGAUUUCGAAUAAUAGGAUAUACACACAUUCAAUUGAACAGCGUGGUAAGAGGGAUAAUAAUGAAUUUGAGUCUUGGUACAAGGUAAGCUUAUUUGGAACUGAAGGAAUAGAUAUUGACAAAGUUAAGAACAACAUGGAUAGAGCUCUUAUAUUUUCGCGUAUAUUUCGAACUCAAGGCAGCAGAGCACAUAAAGAUAUGACGAGACAACGAACCACUAAUUUAUUCGGACGGAGACUUUCGAGAAUAUUACAGCAUUAA